CAAGUAGCACAGCGCAGAAGGGGGAGUCUUGCAUUGCUAGCAUGAUAAAAAACAAAAAGACACCAAAACCAUACAAAAAGGGCAAAAGUAAAUCCAAAAAGACCAAGAAAGGGAAACGGAAACAGAAACCUGGAAUACAAGCCACAGGCGCCUUCAGGUUUGUCAGUACCGCCAGGAGAUCGCCCUUCCAGCGUGAGAGGUGGCCAGAGGACUCCCCUACUCCCAACCCCCGGCGUCAGGUGCAACUUAUUAGGGAGGCGAGGAAACUCGAGAAAAUUGUGCAGGAUUUAAAAAGAAGAAUUGAAGCUCUCCCCAUGAAGAACCGCAAAGUUCCCGAGUCGGUUGACCCCAAGGUGUUGGGGGUGGAGCUUAAACUGAGACUGGCAGCCAAGUCACCAGUCAUCGUAGAGAAAACAGGCAGUGAUGGAAAGGUUCAGAUAGAGAGAAGGCGAUCUGACCAGCGAUUCGUUCCACUGUACAAUAUCAACGACCAAUCAGAUUGUCGCAUUUCCUGUCUCAUGAAACUGAAUAGAAAACGUGGUACUUAUAGACGAGUUCCUAAACCGAUUUGAAUAUUUCUUUAAAUCUAAGGUCCAUGUUAUAAUUACGUAAUCAUUUAACAGCUAAUAUUAGCAACAGCUGUACUAGUACAUUAUAAACUAGCAUUAUCCUGUUAGUAUUCAUUGUUAUAAGUUAUGUUUUGUAGCCCAUAUUUUCAUUUCGUUAAGUUUGUUAUUAUUUCGUUUUUAGAUGAAUCAAGAUGGUUAAUGAAGGGAGGAAGUGCGGCUUGAUGUCAUGUUAUUUUGACAUCAAUUUCAAACGUAUCUUUUAUUUUGUUCAAUUUUGUUUUUAUCAACUUUUGUGCUACAUCUUUCGUUAUGUGUUAUCAUAAACGAACACAUGUAUCUCCAGAAACUGACAGAACGAGUUAUUGUUUUAAUAUUCCGUGUAUGAAACGAACUGGACAUGUUGCAAGACAAGGAUUGUGCAACAAUGCCUCCAUUGUGAAACCACUUUUCUUUCAUGUAGUUUAUAUUCAUUUGAGAUUUGAAGAUUUUCUAUUUUAGUUAAGUCGUUAACCUCUUUAUCAGACAAAUGUAAGAUGUGUCAAUAAUGACAGAAGCGUGUGUAAUACUAAUCGAUUUUGCACACGACACGAUUGCCAAAGUCUAUUCAUGUCCGAUGAAACUGAUGAAAGUCGCCGUUUGGCCCGAGUGCUUGUUGGUUUCUUAACGGAAACAGUAGUUGGAGCGCGCCAACUCCAUAUACAUUGCUGCUGACCUUUGGCUACAUCUUAGAGUUUUUGUUGUUGCUUGAUAGGCCUGUUCUUAGGUAUCUGAACAGGAGGUUAUCAGGUCAUUAAAUUAUUAAACGUUCGUGUUAUUUUGAAAGUAUGUUUAUCAACAGUUUCAAUAAAUUUAUCGGUUUUAAUGCCAUUUUUU